AUGGGAAGCUCGUCUAAGGACGCCUCCGGUAGCGACGGAGAAGCCUCAAGCGGCGACGCUCCUCCUUCGAAUUCCGGUCUCUUCUCCGAAGGUGAACGCGUCUUGGCUUAUCACGGUCCUCGCAUUUACGAGGCUAAGGUUCAAAAAGCUGAGCUUCGGAAGAAGGAAUGGAGAUAUUUGGUUCAUUACCUUUUUUUCUGUUUUUCAGGGUUGGAAUAAAAAGGAAACAGAAAUCAUUAGUGUGGCUUGGACAUAUUGCCAACAGUUGGGACGAAUGGAUAGGCACGGAUCGACUGUUGAAACCUACAAAAGAGAAUAUCAUGAAACAGCAGGCCCUUGAUAAAAAACAGGGUGUAGAUAAGACUUCAAAGUUUGGACGUUCAGGACAGAAGCCAAAGACCUCUACUGAUGCAAAGGUGGAUAAGGAAGAAACAAAAAGCAAUGUGGCUAAAGGGAAGAAGCGUAAAAGUGACUCAGGCAUGGAGAAGGAUAAUUUGUCUGCGGAAAAGUUCAUAAAGAUCCAAAUUCCAUCAACACUAAAGAAGCAACUUGUAGAUGACUGGGAAUAUGUCACCCAACAGGAUAAGCUUGUUAAACUUCCACGGUCACCAAAUGUGGAUGAUAUUUUGACAAAGUACUUAGAAUACAGGUCAAAGAAGGAUGGAAUGAUGACCGACUCAGUUGGAGAAAUUUUAAAAGGUAUACGUUGCUACUUUGACAAAGCAUUAUCAGUGAUGCUCCUAUACAAGAAUGAACGCCAACAGUACGAUGAUGCCGUCGAAAAUGACACGUCUCCAUCAACUAUAUAUGGCGCUGAACAUUUAUUGCGACUAUUUGUAAAAUUACCGGAGCUAUUGGCAUAUGUGAACAUUGAAGAGGAGACACUAGCACGCUUACAACAGAAAAUACUCGACUUCCUCAAGUUUCUGCAGAAGAAUCAAAGUACUUUCUUCCUUUCAGCUUAUGAUGGAUCUAAAGUUUCUGAAGGCAAAGGCAAAGGAAAAGACGAGUGAUCCAUUGCAUAAAUGCCCUAUUAUUUGCUGAUCUAAAACAACAGGUACACGAUAGAGCAUCAUCGAUUUGUUGUUGUAAGUUGUAACACUAGCAUUUGUUAUUUUAUUUUUUUUCCAAAAAAAUCGAUAAAACGAGGGUUUGAGAUUCUGACAAGACCCUACACAUAGACGACUGUCGUCCAUUUGUUUGUCAUAACUUGCAAGACUUUUUAGCUUAUUGAAAUGUGCAUCAGCAAUGAUGUGAAAUUUGCUA